AUGCGGUACAAGGACUGGGACGUUCUCCUUUUUGAACAAAACUCCCCUACUCCUCUGCAAGAAUUCAAGGUGGCAUGUUACGUUGUCCAUGAUACAGGUAAGUCCAUGUUUAGGUUGGAAUUUGAUCCUAAAAAUGGUGUAGAGUCUUUGGAUCCGCAAGCUCUUGGUGUCCCGACAGUCACAUGCUUCGUCCCAAGCCUCGAACCUGGCACUCCCUUCCAUAUAUCCAUUCACUUGUGGAAGAAAUCACAAAACGAUCAAGUCGCCGACAAAAAGCAUUCUGCGAUUAAUGCUAGACUCUUUAUCGAUGGGAGUCUUAUUACUUCCACGUUUGCCAAUCUAGAUAUCACCUGGCCGUGCGUCGUGUCGCGCACAGAUAGAAAGCAAGUUAUCGGAUUCCCCAUGUUCCAGCAAGAGCUUCUGUAUCAACGGCACUGGAACGCGGCCGACAACCUUGGCCGUAUCAAGCUUGUCAUCAGUGAGGGCAACUAUUAUGGUUCACAAGACAACAUGGCCUUCCAAAGAGCCCACAACCUGGUCGUCUUUUCCUUUCAGCAUGCACCUCAAGAUGUUCUCGAACACUUGGAGAUUGCAUGGCCCAAUCCUUUCAUGUGGCGGCGACUACAGCAAUCUUCUACAUCAUCACAAGCCAGCAGCAAUUCCGACUUUAAGGACCAAAUCGCGCCGCAACCACCUUAUGCAUUCCAAGGUCAAGCAGCUUCUGAGUGCAAUUCCAUUCACCCUGAAACUCUUUUAUUCUACUUGGAUGAUCCAUCCACCUAUCCAAAUGCUCCGAUGAACGCUGCAAUGCCAUCCUGGGGCGAUACUGUUCCACCACACAAUCAGAACAUGACGCCACAUAUGUCAACUCCCGAGCUGCGAUUUCGCAAAGAGGUUUUUGAACAGAUUGCAGCAUGGCCAGGUUCGCCCAUGUUCGCUGACGCUGCGCUUUUAUCGCUUCAUCAAACUCAACAACAAGUGUUGCAGCAGAUGUACACCCCAUCCAACGGUAGUGUUCCCAUACCUCCAGUUCGACUUCAAACACAGAGUCCUGCAAUCCAUGGAUCAACCAAACUCGGCCGAGGAACUGCUGCAGAGGAUCCUGCUAGACUUCUUUCCGGCCCCCCGAGUCACAAUGCACAGCGGCGUUUCCAUUCGAACACGCCCAAGAGACCAGCCAAACGGGCCCGCGCUGACACUCCAAAAUUUGAAAACCCCCCUUGA